GGUGGUGGACAGCCUCUGGAAAUCUCUGGAAGCUUCCAGAAGCCUCUGCUGAAGCAGCUUGAGGGACCUGAGGGGACAAGGGAGGAGUUAAGUUCCACUCCUUAGUGUGGGGCUGUGGGCAGACACAGGAUUCUUGCUGCAGCCUCUGUUGGGUGCCUGGAGUGAUCGAUGUACCUCAAGGUUUGGAAGGAGACGCCCUUUCAUUCUUGUCCUGGCCAUAGGGGCAUUGCUGGGCCUUUCGCUCCUGCUCAAUGGGAGGGACAUUGGUAUGGCCCUGGCUGACACAACCACCAACCAUAAGUGGGGCAUCCUCCUGACGGUGUGUGGGGUAGUGUUGAUGGACUUCAGUGCAGACUCGGCAGAUAACCCCAGCCACGCCUAUAUGAUGGACGUGUGCGGCCCUGUGGACCAGGACAGAGGCCUGAACAUCCACGCCCUCAUGGCGGGUCUUGGAGGAGGGUUCGGCUAUGUGGUCGGAGGCAUCCACUGGGACAAGACCAGCUUUGGGAGGGCCCUGGGGGGCCAGCUCCGUGUCAUCUACGUCUUCACCGCCAUAACCCUGAGCGUCACCACUGUGCUCACCCUGAUUAGUAUCCCUGAGAGGCCCCUUCGGCCCCUGGCGGGGAAGAGGACAGCUAUGAAGAGCCCAAGCCUCCCAUUGCCUCCCUCUCCACCUGUCCUGUUGGAGGAGGGGCCCGGUGACACCCUCCCCUCUAAUACAGCCACCAGCCUGUACGCCAGCUUCUCCAGCCCCAUCUCGCCGCCUAGUCCGCUCACCCCUAAGUAUGGCAGCUUCAUCAGCAGGGACAGCUCCCUCACAGGCAUCAAUGAGUUUGCAUCAUCCUUUGGGACCUCCAACAUAGACAGCGUCCUCAUUGACUGUUUCACAGCCGGCCAUGACAACUACUUGGCUCUCCCCAGCAGUGUCCCGCAGCAGGCCAUCAGUGUCAGCUUUCCCCGGGCUCCCGAUGGCUUCUACUGCCAGGAGAGGAGAGAGGGACCCCUGACCUUGGGCUCGGAUGGAGAUGUGCUAAGGGUAGGCUCUCUGGACACCUCUAAGCCACGGGCCUCGGGGAUUCUGAAGAGGCCCCAGACGUUGGCUCUCCCAGACGUGGCUGGGGGAAAUGGCCCUGAAACCAGCAGGAGAAGGAAUGUGACCUUCAGUCAACAGGUCGCAAACAUCCUCCUGAACGGUGUGAAGUACGAGAGCGAGCUGACAGGCUCCAGUGAGCAGUCGGAGCAGCCGCUGUCUCUGCGAAGGCUCUGUUCCACCAUCUACAACAUGCCCAAGGCGCUGCGCACUCUUUGUGUCAAUCACUUUCUGGGGUGGCUCUCAUUUGAGGGCAUGCUGCUCUUUUACACGGACUUCAUGGGCGAGGUGGUGUUUCAGGGCGACCCAAAGGCACCGCACAUGUCGGAAGCAUACCAGAAGUACAACAGUGGUGUCACCAUGGGCUGCUGGGGCAUGUGCAUCUACGCCUUCAGUGCCGCCUUCUACUCAGCUAUCCUGGAGAAACUGGAGGAGUGUCUGAGCGUCCGCACCCUCUACUUCAUCGCCUACCUCGCCUUCGGCCUGGGGACUGGGUUGGCCACACUCUCCAGAAACCUGUACGUGGUCCUGUCCCUCUGCACCACCUAUGGCAUCUUGUUCUCCACGCUCUGUACCCUGCCCUACUCCCUGCUCUGCGAUUACUACCAGAGUAAGAAGUUUGCAGGGUCCAGUGCAGACGGCACGCGGCGUGGCAUGGGAGUAGACAUCUCGCUGCUUAGCUGCCAGUACUUUCUGGCUCAGAUCCUUGUCUCUCUGGUCCUGGGGCCCCUGACCUCAGCUGUGGGCAGUGCCAAUGGCGUGAUGUACUUCUCCAGCCUCGUGUCCUUCCUCGGCUGCCUCUACUCCUCCCUGUGUGUCACCUAUGAAAUCCCCUCUGGGGACGCAGCUGAUGAGGAGCGCCAGCCCCUCCUGUUGAAUGUCUGACGUCUUAGAAUCUCCACUUUGGACUUGAAGGUGGUCUGCUGCAAGCUGGCCACUGAGAAACCAAAGGCCUUGGCAGCCGGCCAAGCUUCCAGUGACAUGUAAAUAGAAGCCGAAUAAAAACAGCAGCAAUCUUAUCCAAGGGCAUGAGGUCACCUGGGCUGAGUGAGCUAUCCCUCCUUGGGGAUGGUGGUGGUGGUGGUGUAAUGUGAAAAUCAUUUACCAAAAGUGAAGAUGAAAUUCAGUUCUCCAUGGUGGUUCUCCAUCAAGGAUGCUUUUGAUAUCUCCUCAUUCCCAGAAGGUUUGUGACAGUGUCUGGUACCAUUUGCCAUCCAAGGAUGUCACAAACAUCCUAAAAUACACAGCCCCUCACCACAAAGGUUCAUCCAGCCCAAGAUGAGGAGUGCACACUCCUCUGGUAACUAUGCUAUGUACUCUACACAUUGUAUCAUGGUCAUACAGUUUUGUGAGGGUUUUGGGGGGAUGUGUGUCAGGCUCUUAACCAUCCACCAUCCAUCCAUCCAUCCAAUAUCUAUCCACCAACC